ACCAGGCAUCUUCCACAGAAACUGCCUUCCUGGUCUGUCCUUUAAUCAAAAGGUGUGACUGGUGUAUGGCCUAGAAUGUAAGCUCAUGCCUCUUUGCAGAAGAGAAUAGUAAUGCUUUGCAGAGCUGAGGAUUGGCAGAAGUGGAGAUGGAAUUGUGUUGGAGUUGAGGAGGUCGCUGGGUUAAAUUUGAAUUGUUUUGUCACAGGCAACUUGGGUUAACUAGGAACCAUUGGGACAUGUGGUGUGCCCCACUGGAGGGGCCACUGCUCCCAGGACUGUAUCCUGGGGACCCUCUCAGUGUGUCUGUUGAAAACUGUGAUUUGCUCAGAGGUUUUGGUAUAUUUAUUGUCUGACUUGAGGGUUAUCUUUCUAUUGAUUUUUCUUUCUCUCCAUUCUGUCGUUCCCCAAAGAGAACUGUUCAUGUGUAACUGUUGCUCGGUCCCUGGAGUAGAAGGGAAAGGAAGGGAAUACCUCUUUGGAAUAGUGCUGCAUGUGGGAGAUUUGGGAGAUGGGUGCCCCAUGUGGAUUAGAUGUAAAUGUACUGUCCACUGUCAACUCGGAGUGUCAUGUGCCACACAAAAGAAGGCAGGGAUUCAAGGGCAUUAGCUUCAGUUUUGGAAAUCAGUGUGUGACUGGGGUGGGAGGAUUUAGAUUGAUUGCUUGUGUCAGGAAGAAUGAAAAGCUAAACCACAGAUGCAAUUGAAAAACAGUCACCCUGAGCCUGCUGUUCUAAAGCAUCAAAUAGGACGCAGCAAGGCAGUUAGGCUUAUAUAUACACUGUGACAGUUAGGCUUAUAUAUACACCAUGCCACCAGCGGUUAAACGUCUGGGUUGCUUCCAUUGUGUUUGUCAGAGAGGAUAAUGUUACCAAGAACUUAUUAUGGCAAGCCAAGAGUGAGCCGGCAUCACGUUGUCAAAAAUAGGUUAGCAAGGUCAAGCCAAGACUGGGGCACAGCUGCUAUUAAUAAUUUAAUCCAGUGAGGUGCUGGGUGGGUAGAAGGCAGUGGCCAUGCGUGUGUCUCAAACCAUCCAUUCCUAUGUUAUAGAUGGGUUGAAGUCCCCAGGGUAUGAGCAGCAUAGUAAAAGUAGUUUGAGAUUUUAAAAUUAAUUUGGCCAGAUUAUGCUUUAACCACAAUCGCGUAAUUAAUCUUUAUUUGAAACUGAGCUGUCCCCUUAAUGAAGAUGAGACCACACAGUCUAGUAGAACUGGAUGGUUAAUGUAGGCUUAUUAUUUAUUUUUUAAAAAGAGACUUUCUCUAGAAUCCCCAUAAAACAAGCUACGCAAAAGAGACAGGUUUAGCAGUUGCCCCUUAAGGAUGCAAACAAGUGUAGCUGUUGUGUGGCCAGCAGUGCCCUGCUCUCUCUCCCCACCACCUGCCCCAGCCACUGCAUCCUCAUGUAUCCCAGGGCAGCAGCUUCCAGGACUGUUCUUCCCGGGCAUUUUUGCAUUAGUACUUGCCAGUUGCAACCCCAGAAGAAAUGAGGGGUGGCACGCAAUCCUGUUUGGCUCCUUUCGGUUUCAUUUCUCCUGACAUUAUUAAUGCCAUGCCCGGUGGGAUACAAUGGAAGACAAACAGCUUCAAGGCCACUCUAGUUAAAGGGAAACUGCAGAGGAUGCAGAAGGCAAUGAAGAUGGUCAAAGAUGAGGAUGGGCCCCUCAACGCUGCUGCGAAAAGCAUCCCCUCCUUUUCCCACUGCCUACAGCCCGACGCUUCCCGAGGGAAGACUCCCCAAAGACACCCCUUCCCGGAAGCCCUCCGGGGCCCCUUUUCCCAGUUCCGGUAUGAACCUUCUCCGGGAGACCUUGAAGGAUUCCCCGAAGUCUUCGAGGGAGCAGGGUCCCGGAAACGGAAGAGCAUGCCCACAAAGGUGCCUUACAAUCACCCUGCAGAAGAAGCCUCAAUUGCUCAGGAAAGCAAGAGCCUGGGCCCUCCGAACCUAGCCCUGCUUUUCCCACAGCCACAGCGCCCCAAGUGCGACUCCCAGAUGAUUGACCUGUGCAAUGUGGGCUUGCAGUUCUACCGCACCCUGGAGCACCUGGGGGGCAAACCCAUCAAGCAGGAGCCGGUGAAACCCAGCGCCAUGUGGCCCCAGCCCACACCUCCUGCCUUCCUGCCUGCACCUUACCCCUACUACCCCAAAGUCCACCCGGGACUCAUGUUCCCCUUCUUCGUGCCCUCGUCCUCACCCUUUCCCUUCAGCAGGCACACCUUCCUGCCCAAGCAGCCCUCCGAGCCAGUGUUACCUCGCAAAGUGGAGCCCCUGGAGAGCGAGGAGACCAAGCAGAAGGUGGAGAGGGUGGACGUGAACGUCCAGAUCGAUGACAGCUACUACGUGGAUGUGGGUGGGUCUCAGAAGCGCUGGCAGUGCCCCACCUGUGACAAGUCCUACACCUCCAAGUACAACCUGGUGACCCACAUCCUGGGCCACAGUGGGAUCAAGCCGCAUGCGUGCUCCCGUUGCGGGAAGCUCUUCAAACAGCUCAGCCAUCUGCACACCCACAUGCUGACACACCAGGGCACGCGGCCCCACAAAUGCCAGGUGUGUCACAAGGCCUUCACCCAGACCAGCCACCUGAAGCGCCACAUGAUGCAGCACAGCGAGGUGAAGCCACACAACUGUCGCGUGUGCAGUCGGGGCUUUGCCUAUCCCAGCGAGCUCAAGGCCCACGAGGCCAAACACGCCAGCGGGCGCGAGAACAUAUGCGUGGAGUGCGGCCUCGACUUCCCCACCCUGGCUCAGCUGAAGAGGCACCUCACUACGCAUCGGGGCCCCAUCCAGUACAACUGCUCGGAGUGCGACAAGACCUUCCAGUACCCAAGUCAGCUGCAGAAUCAUAUGAUGAAGCAUAAGGACAUCCGUCCCUACAUCUGCUCCGAGUGCGGCAUGGAGUUCGUGCAACCCCAUCACCUCAAGCAACACUCACUCACCCACAAGGGUGUGAAGGAGCACAAAUGCGGGAUCUGUGGGCGUGAGUUCACCCUGCUGGCCAACAUGAAGAGACACGUGCUGAUCCACACCAACAUCCGUGCUUACCAGUGUCACCUCUGCUACAAGAGCUUCGUGCAGAAGCAGACCCUCAAGGCUCACAUGAUUGUCCACUCGGAUGUGAAGCCUUUCAAAUGCAAGCUGUGUGGGAAGGAAUUCAAUCGGAUGCACAACCUGAUGGGCCACCUGCACCUGCACUCGGACAGCAAGCCCUUCAAGUGUCUCUACUGUCCCAGCAAGUUCACGCUGAAGGGCAACCUGACCCGCCACAUGAAGGUCAAGCAUGGCGUGAUGGAGCGAGGCCUUCACUCUCAAGGUCUGGGUAGGGGACGACUCGUCCUGGCACAGUCCACUGGUGCGCUGAGGAAUCUGGAGCAGGAGGAGCCAUUUGACCUCUCCCAGAAGCGCAGUGCGAAGGGGCCAAUGUUCCAGUCCGACGUGGACAGCACGCAGGGCUGCCUCUGCCAGGAGGAGGAGGAGGCUGGUGAAGAGGACAACUGCUACGAAGUGGAGCCCUAUAGCCCCAACCUGGCCCCGGAGAGCCAGCAGCUCUGUGCGGCUGAGGAUCUGUCUACCAAGCAGGAGCAGGCCCUACAGAGCCCUGGAGAAGGAUGCAGGGAUCAGGAUGCUCCGGAAGAGCAGCAGGAGGACAGUAGCGAGGACCACAAGGACAGAGACAUAGACCGCAGGGAGAGAGAACUAGACUGCGCCAUCAGAGACGAGCACCUGGGCAGUGGGCUGUUGCAAAGCAGCGGGCAGGGUCCCUCGUUUUCUGAUUACUUAUACUUCAAGCACAGAGAUGAGGGUUUAAAAGAAUUACUGGAGAGGAAAAUGGAAAACCAAGCAGUCCUUUUGGGUAUCUAAGUGAACGGCUUUAAAAUUCCAUUUGGAAAAGGAGAUCUAGGCAGUUCAACUAUAGCUUUCUGUGCGAACUGUCAUUUGCUGCAGAUGGCAGAGUGGCGCCAAUCUUUACAAAUGGCUCAGACUAAAUGUGUGGGUAACACACACGCUUCUCAGGUUGUUCCUUGGGCACUUGGCAAUUUCAUACGUGUGCAGGGCCCCUUUGGUGGUAUUUUAUACAACCCCCACAUGAUGAACUGUGCAUUCUUCUAGAUAUCUAACUGCAAGCUGAACCUCGAGGUGCUUUUAGAUACUGUUUUCUCCUAACAUGCAGUGAUGCAAGUCUUUCUAGUUGCAAGACUGUGGUGCUCCUGUUAUCUUAAUUAGUGACUACUUAGUUGCAUUUGAAGGUUACAGUAUCAUAGAUGAAAGUGUUAGUAAUUGUAUAUAUUAAAAUAUAGCUUCUAUUAAAUAAUAGAAACACAGGAAAUGAUGCAAGAGAUGAACUGUUGGGAAUACAAACGUAAGGCUGGGUUUCAGAAGAAGGUGAAUCAUUUUGACUAAGACAGAACCAGAUGAUGCUAGCCAUCUGGUUGGAUCCUGUCUUCUGCUUCAGCUUUCCUGGUCAAUGGGACAUUGGGGGAACCCCUGUAGACAUCUGGAAAAUGCUUGCAGGUCCCGGCUCUUCAGAUCAAACCCACCACAAGAAGAGCUGCCUUACCUUGCUCUGAGGCCUCAUGCCCCAUGAAGCAACUGAAAGGAGAAUUGCCUUUAAGAGUGAACAGUGGAGCUUGGGCUAUGAAAUGAGGUUGAGGACUGCUCCCGAAAACAAACUCUGACUUAUUUGGGUAGAGGAAUGAUCGCCUGUUCAUCACCAUAAGCAAGACCUGAGCUAUCCUUGGAGAGCUGGCUACAUGUGAGAAUCAUCCAGUAGAUCCAUUAGAAAACACUGAUACAGCUAGGCAUGGUAGCUCACAACUGUAAUCCCAGCACGUGGGAGGCUGAAGCAGAAGGAUGGCCUCAUGUUUGAAACCAGCCUGGAUUACAAGGUCAUCCCUCCUCUUAAAGAAAAAAGAUAGAAGUAAGCAAAAACCCUGUGAGGUUCUGGGUUAAUCCACCUGGAGUGGGGCCCAGCACUGGGAGUUUCCAAAUCACCUCCAGGUGCCUCUUAAAAAGGAAAAGCACCAGUCUCACAUAGCCCUUACCCAGUUCUG